GCAUGUUUACGUUUUUCGUCUCCGACACGUAACAAUGGAUCGGGCUUUGUUUUGUUGUAUUUUAGUGUUUAUAUCUUAAUUUAUUGUUAAUUAGCUUUAAGAAUCAUCAUGUUUAAUCUAUAUUUAAUAUUCAACUGCCUUAUAUUGGUCCGCUGUUCUACUAUCUUUGAUAAUGUCGAUAUAUACCGUUUUAAAGAAGGCGAGCAGCAUUAUAAUCUUCUCAAUCAACGAAGUGCCCUCCCUGAUUAUGGUCGGUGUUGGACUAACACCAUUAAUUCGAUUAUUACCGGUUGUAAGAAAGUUACCGAUAAGAUCCAGACACGUCUAUCACUUUUAUACCUGAAUUGUUUCCUCGAAGGGCAAAAACGCAUGUAUUACCCGUGUCCACCUGACCAUCCCAUCGAUGUAUGCACGCAGAACAUGACCGAAGGGGAUCGGGCGAGCCUGGCCACUUUUUUCAUUCAUACUCAAAACAUUUGUUAUUUUCUGGAAAUUAAAUAUUGGAACCAACACACGGAAAGGACGAUCCGAAAAUUAUCCGAUACGUCUGAAGAUAUCGCUUCCCAGUUAGAGCAAUCGUUUAAACUCCAGAACGAUAUGGUAAAGAAACAGAUCGAAACCGUAAUCAAUCAAAAAGAAAUAUUGGACCAGACAAUCAAUUUAAAUGGGACCAUAUUUUCCACUUCUUCCAACAUAGCAGAGACACUUCUGGAAUUCCAACGUAUAACGCUUGAACAGACCAUUUCCACUAAAGAUAUCUUCUCACGGGUGGCCAAACUCAACAAUGUAUUUAUUGAAGUAAUAUCCGAUAUUUAUUCUGUCGUUUUCUACUUGUUCGUGUUUUUACUCUGUUAUUUAUCAACCUCCACACCAAGAACUGCCAAAGCUCGGUUAUCCUUGUUUGUCGUAAUAAUUUUUAAUUUUGCCUCAGAAAAGCUUAUGAUUUAUUACAAAAAUUUACCCAACUCCGAAGGCAUCAUAAAUGAAAUCAAUUUCAAUGAAAUCUAUGAGUUGCAAUGGACCUAUCGCAAAAUCUACUGCCUUGUUGGUUUGUGCAUUUUCAUACAUUCGGUUUGGAGUUACACGGAUGUGAACCAAGAGAAUUAUAAUAUUUUAAAUGAAAUCAAAUCUGAACUCGCAACUUUAAAAAAGUAUUCGAAGAGAUCUGGUUAUGAGAGUGAUGGUGAAGAAAGUUCCCACAGUACUACAUCAGUAAACAGUGAUACCACAUAUGUUCCCAGUUCACUGUCACAAAGUACAUCUAGUCGCUCGAGUUUGGCAUCACUCCUUGAUGAACUGAAUGAAUUAAAAGAGGAUGAACUUCAUUAUAGCAAUCUCCAGCGUAGUCAAUCUUUCCAUGCCUGUCCUGUUAGACCUUGCCCACCUUUACAGAGACAUUUCUCAGAUAUUUCACCACGUCAGAAAUGCAAUUACAAUUUGCGACCACGGAACAGUCUAAAUGCAGUUAAUCACAGAGAAAUGAAAGAAAUUCCAGAAUUUUCUAGAAACGAGAAACAAAUAUAAUUUU